AUGAACGCUCUGAAUUUACCUAUAAGAAUACCGCUUAGUAUCACUAGGAAAUGGUUGUACUUGGUGAUUUGGUUUGUAUCAGUUAUCAUUUUAUUACCAAUAUCAAUCUUAAUUUAUAGCUAUUUCUAUAAAGUUUUAAUCCCAGAUUCAAUUUAUUCAAUUCGUCCUGAUAUUUCACAUCCUGAAAAUACUUAUUUGCAGUUUGAUUCGGUUAAGCCAAUCACAAAUCAUGAGAUAGUUUAUGACUUGGUUUUGAAAACUUCAAUUACUUGUCAAACUGGUAACAAUCAAGUUCAUUCUAUACCUUAUAAAGUUUAUCAUGAACAAAAUAAGCAGCUUGAAGUAUGGAACCAGGGCCAAUUUAUUUAUGACUGCGAUAUCAGAAACAUCUACAGUGAAAACAAUUGGUUUAUACCAUUUAACUUGAGAUACUGGGUACCCCCAAUAAUAGUUAAUAACUUCAAAACUUUAACUAAUGUUAAGAAAAUAGGGUCAAUAAACUCUAAAGAUUUAUUUAAGGUAUUCCCGAAAUUCAAUGAGAGAAUUUUCAGCGGAACUUAUGAAGGGAAUUUGAAGAUAGAGUUUGAUUACCCGUUAAAAAAUCUUAUCGAAGUACAGCUUGUGACCAAUUGGAAUGGCCUUAGGUAUUACUUGAUUAAUUAUUCUUUAAUUUGUCUGGUUAUUGGAAUAAGUUUCAUCUGGAGUUUGAACUGUACAAUAUGUUUCUUUACAAGCUUGCUAGUUUGGUAUAAGUUCACUCAAAAUCUUACAAGUGAAAAUAAAAUCAAAAGCUUAUGA